AUGAGCAUUGAAAAAUAUGUUGCUUAUAAAAAACCUGACAAAGGUCGUGAAGAUUUUAACCCUGAUGCUUCAACUAUCUCUACGACUAUGUCCAAUAAAAUUGGAGAACCUUCAACAAUACUCAAAAAUAGUUGUAUAGCUUCAUUGCAAAUUGAAGUAGAUAAUGAACCAGUUAUUUUAAAAGAAUCGAAUGAAUUAUCGGAAAAUUUUUUACAAGAAACACCUAAUUUAUUGAAUUGUGGAAAUUGGCCAAUUGUUCGAUCUAGCAACUUUGUAAACCAUUUAAUCAAACUUGGUCCGUUUCAAAUUACAAAGGAAAAAUACCCUGAAGAUAGAAAUGGUCGACAUUUUUCUAGCAUUUAUUACAAUAGAAAGCUUGCGAAUGGAGAAACCUUUUGCUGUAGAUGGUUGGUUUAUUCAGAUUCUAAAAACUCCGUAUUUUAUUUUUGCUGUCUACUUUUUGAUAAUAAUUCAAAGUCAAACUUAGUCUUUGAUGAAAAAGACAGUUUGCGAUGGCAAAAUGUUCUUCUUCGGCUGAUGAAUAUCACUCUUUACCUAGCUGAAAAUAAUAUGGCUUUUCGAGGGAGUUCGGAUAAACUGUUUACGCCUCAAAACGGCAAAUUCUUAGGACUAAUACAGAUGCUUGCAAAAUUUGAUCCUGUGAUGCAAAAACAUUUAGCACUUGCAAUAAAAGGUGACACUUCAAACCAUUAUUGCGGGAAAAAUAUUCAAAAUGAGUUAAUAGAUUUAAUGUCUCAAAAGGUUAAUGAUGAAAUAAUAAACCGAGUCUUGAAAGCCGUUUACUAUUCAAUCAUUGCUGAUUGUACACCUGAUAUUUCUAGAAAAGAACAUCUUUCUCUUAAUAUUCGAAUUGUUGCUUGCUUAGGACUUACUGAGGUUUUAAUCGAGUUGCUAACUAAGUAUGGACUUGAAAUCUCUAACUGCAGAGGUCAAGGGUAUGAUAAUGGAUCAAAUAUGAAAGGAAAGAUUAAUGGUGUACAAAAAAGGAUUUUAAAUCUUAAUCCUUUAGCAUUGUAUGUUCCUUGCGGCAACCAUAGCUUAAAUUUGGUAAUAAGUGACUCUGCACGGUCUUCAGUAAAAUCUAUAGCUUUUUUCGGUUUUCUUCAGAGAUUGUUUACUCUAUUCUCAGCCUCAGUGAGCCGAUGGAAAAUUUUAAUUGAUCAUGUUAAAAUUUUGCAUUUAAAGAAACUCUGUGACACGCGGUGGGAAGCAAAAAUAAGUAUUGUUAAAGCCGUUCGUUAUCAAGUUGGUGAUGAACAUGACGCUUUGAUAGCAUUGUCAGAAAUUGAAGGAUGUAAUCCUGAAACUGCACAUGAAGCGAUAACUCUAGGAGAGCAAUUAAAAGAUUUUAGCUUUCUUGUCUCUUUAAUUGUCUGGUAUGACAUUCUUUUUCAAGUCAAUAUUGUUAGUAUAACUCUUCAUAAAAAAGACAUGGACAUCACUCAAUGUGCAAAGUUAUUGAAAAGCUGUUGCUCAUUUUUAGAAAACUAUAGAAAAUGUGGUUUUAAAGAUGCAAUCAUAAAAGCAAAGGAUUUGGCUAUAGAAUUACAAGUGGAGCCUGUUUUUAAACCACUUAAAAGAAUAAUACGAGUGAAACGCCAUUUUGACGAACCAGCCCAACAUGGGAUUUAUUUAUUUUCUCCUGAAAAAAAAUUAGAAAUCGAUUUCUUCAAUCCUCUUUUAGACACAUCUUUAAUUUCAAUGAGAGAAAGAUUUAUACAGUUGGAGAAUUAUUCAGAAGUUUGGGGUUUUUUGUAUAAUGUCGAUAGUUUGCAAAAAAGAGAAGAAAUUCUAAAAUCAUGUUUAGCUCUUCAAAGUAAACUUAUCGUAAAUCUAAAAUCGGACAUUAAUGGUAUUCUUCUUUGCGAUGAACUGAUGAGCAUUAAACCUUUUCUUUCUGAAAUGGUCAAGGAUAAAAUUACUCCUAUUAUUGUUUUAAACUUUAUAAAACAGCACAAAAUGCAAGAUUUGUAUCCAAACACAUGGAUUGCAAUGCGAAUUUUGCUAACAAUACCUGUCACUGUAGCGAGUGGAGAAAGAAGCUUUUCCAAAAUGAAACUAAUAAAAACCUAUCUGCGGUCAACAAUGUUGCAGGAUAGACUUUCAAGUUUAGGAACCUUAUCGAUUGAAAAGAAUAUUGCUGAAAAUCUUUUUUUUUCAACCCUAAUCAAAGAUUUUGGUGAUAAGAAAGCCGUAAGAUUAAUUUAA